GAGAUUAUAUCAAUGGACAAGAGCAAUCACACCGUGACUGAGUUCAUCCUGGUGGGCUUCACAACGGACCCUGUGAUGCAGUUGAUUCUAUUUAUGGUGUUCCUUGGCGUGUACUCUGUGACCCUGGUGGGAAAUACCACACUCAUAACAUUGAUCUGUAAUGACUCUCGGCUUCACAUGCCCAUGUAUGUUUUCACUGGCAAUCUUUCAUUCCUGGAUCUCUGGUAUUCCUCUGUCUACACCCCGAAGAUUGUAGUGACCUGCAUCUCUGAGGACAAAAGCAUCUCCUUUGGUGGCUGUGUAGCUCAGUUCUUCUCUGCUGGGCUGGCGUAUAGUGAGUGUUACUUGUUGGCCGCCAUGGCUUAUGAUCACUAUGUGGCCAUCUCAAAACCACUGCUUUAUUCUCAGGCAAUGUCCAUAAAGCUAUGUGCAUUUUUGGUAGCAGCCUCAUAUCUUGGUGGAUUUAUUAACUCCUCCGUCAUCACCAAAAGAACUUUUGCCUUGAACUUCUGUGCUGACAAUGUCAUUGAUGACUUCUUCUGUCAUUGACUUCCUCUGGUAAAGCUGGCUUGAGGCAGAAAAGAUGGCUACCAGACUCUACUGUAUUUCUUCCUGGGCUCCAAUGUUAUCACCCCCGCUGCACUCAUACUCGCCUCCUACCUCUUCAUCAUUACCACCAUCUUGAGGAUCCGCUCCACUCAGGGCCACCUCAAAGCCUACUCUACCUGCUCCUCCCACUUGAUUUCUGUCACCUUAUACUACGGCUCCAUACUCUACAUCUACUGUCGCCCUCCAUCUAGCUAUUCCAUGGACAGGGACAAAAUAGUUUCCACCUUUUACAUGGUGGUUUUCCCCAUGUUGAAUCCUAUGAUCUACAGCCUGAGGAAUAAGGAUGUGAAAGAGGCUCUGAAUAAACUCUUUAAAUAA